AAUGGCAGAGGGGGGUGAGAGUGGGUCUGGUGCUGUCCUUUCCUGUCCCACGGAGGAGCCCGGGAAGAAGCAGUUGCUGCAAACAGGGACAGGAAUGGAGAAGCGAGAGGGAGAAACCCAGCCUGCUGAGAUGGAACAGUCGGUGCCUGGUAGAAAAAACUCCAACACAGUCCGAGCUACAACCAUCCAAGAAUUUUUGAUAGGGUCAGAUUCCCGUCAAAUUAAGCAGGAGCCAAAGGACGGCCUGCCACAGGGCUGGAAUGCCCACUGGCAGGACUUCUUAACAACUGUGAAGCCGUCUCGUUCAGGAUGUAGAAGUCCACCUCUUCCCAGUCUUCCCCAGUCUGGAGAUGGAGCCAAUGAACCUCAAGCACGUUCCAAGAAAGCUACUGGUAUCGGUCAGUGGCCUAGAAAUGAGCGGGUGGACCAGAGAUCUCCAGUAGACCUUAGCGAAGGUUGUGGAGAUCCUAUUUCCUCUGUGAAGGUGAAAGAGGAGAUUCUAGAUGAGGACGAUGUGGCCAGUGUUGAAAUGGACCGAAGGCAUUUCCGCCAGUUCUACUACCAAGAGGCCGAGGGGCCGCGAGAAGUCUACCUCAAGCUCCAAACCCUUUGCCAUCAGUGGCUGAAACCGGAGAGCCGCUCCAAGGAGGAGAUUUUGGACCUGUUGAUCCUGGAGCAGUUCUUGAUUAUCCUUCCAGAGGAAAUGCAGAACUGGGUCAAAGACUGCGGGCCGGAUACCUGCACCCAGGCCGUGGCCCUGGCGGAGGAUUUCUUGCUGCGCCUGCAAGAGGCUGAAGGGUUGCAAAGAAAGGUUGCACGGCCUAUGGUAGGCUUGGCUACAAAUUCCCCCAAAUCGGAGCAAAAUCCAUCACAGGAAAUGAAUAUCCCGAUGUCGGCAGAUGCUGAGGAAGACAGCGAUGGGGAAACCAGCUUUCUGGGCAACUGCCAAGGAUACGAGAAUGGGGAGGAGAGUUUUCCUUUUGAAAGACACGCUGAUAUUGGGAUCAGUGGACUGUCACUGGCAAGACUCAAUGGGAAAUUCUUCCAAGUUUGUGGGUUGGAAGAGACUCCCGGGAAUGAGCGGGGCCAAGAAAUCCACCGGGAGAGCCAGACGGAGAUCCAGGCUUUGAUUCAUCAGAAGCGUUUGGAAGGGAGCCCCUUUUCAGAGGGAAACCACAAAGCCAAGCGGAAGAGGGCCAGCUCCAACUGGGGGACUGUCUUGCGUCGUAGCUUUGACUUUCCACGAAACCAGAAGACACAAAAACUGUACACCUGCACCUAUUGUGGGAAGAUUUCCAACAACAGCGCCCACAUGAUUAUCCAUGAGAGGACGCACACUGGCGAGAAGCCGUACAAGUGCUCUGAGUGCGGCAAAUGUUUCAGCACCAACUGCAACCUCAUGAAGCACACCAGAGUCCAUACUGGGGAGAAGCCGUACAAAUGCUCUGACUGUGGCCGGAGUUUCAGUGACAAAGCCUCUCUAAUUGUCCAUGAGAGGACCCACACUGGCGAGAAGCCCUACGAGUGUCCCAUGUGUGGGAAGAGCUUCACCUCCAGCUCCAACCUCAUCACCCACAAGCGGGUCCACACAGGGGAGAAGCCAUACAAGUGCAAUGAGUGUGGGCAGAGCUUCGUCCAUCGGCCACAGCUUGUCAUACACAUCCGGACGCACACAGGGGAAAAACCCUAUGAGUGUUUGGAGUGCGGUAAGAGCUUCAAUCAGAAAGCGGACUUGAUCAUCCAUGGGCGGACCCACACAGGAGAGAAGCCAUACGAAUGUGCCGAAUGUGGGAAAAGCUUUAUUUCCAGCUCUUACCUUCGGAAACACGAGCGGCUGCACACGGGGAAGAAAGCUCAAGCUGGGGAAGAAAGCCACAAAUGCACUUACUGCCGGAAGAGUUUUAUCAGCCGGUCCAAACUUCUCAUUCAUGAGCGAACCCACACUGGAGAGAAACCUUUUGAAUGCACUGAAUGUGGAAAAGGCUUUAGUACGAGCUCAAACCUGGUCAACCACAGGAGGGUCCACACGGGGGAGAAGCCCUACCAGUGCUUGGAUUGUGGGCAGAAGUUCAGCACGAACUCCAACUUGGUCAAUCACCGGAGGGUGCACACAGGAGAAAAGCCGUACGAAUGCUCGGACUGUGGGCAGAGCUUUGUUCUCAAAUCGUCCCUCUUGAAACACAAGGGGACCCAUUCAGGGGAGAAACCGUACGUCUGCUCAGAGUGCGGAAAGUGCUUCACCACGAGCUCGAAUCUGAUUUAUCACAACAUUGUCCACACGGGAGAGAAGCCACACAAGUGCUCCGACUGCGGCAAGAGCUUCCACUGGAAGUCGUCCCUGAUUACCCAUGAGCGGACCCACACAGGGGAGAAGCCAUAUGAGUGUCCUGACUGUGGCAAGAGCUUUGGCAACAGCUCCCAGCUUCUGCGGCACAAGCGGGUGCACACGGGUGAGAAGCCAUAUCACUGUUCUGAAUGCGGGCGCAGCUUCAACCAGAUUGCUUCCCUGAUCGCGCACAAGCGUAUCCAUACAGGUGAGAAGCCAUACGAAUGCUCCGAGUGCGGAAAGGGUUUUGGCACCAGGACGAACCUGAUGAUGCACAAACGAGUACAUACAGGAGAGCGGCCGUAUAAAUGCUCAUACUGUGGACAGAGCUUCAGCCAACGGACACACCUGAUCAUCCAUGAGCGGACUCACACAGGAGAGAAGCCCUACACGUGCCCCGAAUGUGGGAAAAGUUUCAAUGCCAAGGCCCCCCUCAUCACCCACCGAAAGACUCACACAGGAGAGAAUCUGUAUCAGUGCUUCCAGUGUGGAAAAAGCUUCAGCACCAGUUCUAACCUCCUGAAUCACAACAUAAUUCACACGGGGGAGAAGCCCCACAAAUGCUCAGACUGCGGCAAAUGCUUCAAUCGGAAAUCCUCCCUCAUUACACACCAGAGGACCCACACCGGGGAGAAGCCCUAUGCCUGCUUUGAGUGCGGAAAGCGUUUCAUUUCUAGCUCAGAUCUUACAAAACAUAAAAAGGUGCAUAGGGGGAAACGUGCAGUUGGUGCUGAAACCUUUGUUUACAGUCCGAAGCUGGCAGAGCCGGGCACCAUACAACCUGCAGAGCAGUCAUCUUAAGGCCAAAAUAAGAAAUACUGCUGACAGUGCCAAGUCCUUAAAUAUGAGUCAUAUGUGACAUGAGAGGUGGAAGUUCUGAUUUUAAGAGCAAAAAAGGAAGACGAGAUCAUUGUUCAAUGUGUUGUCGAAGGCUUUCAUGGCCGGGAUCACAGGGUUGUAUUGUGUUUUCCGGGCUGUAUGGCUUUGUUCCAGAAGUAUUCUCUCCUGACGUUUCGCCCACAUCUAUGGCAGGCAACCUUAGAGGUUGUGAGGUAUAUGGAGAAACUAAGCAAGGAAGGUUUAUAUAUAUUUAUAUAUCUGUGGAAGGUCCUGGGUGGGGGAAAAGAACUCUUGUCAGUGUGAAUGUUAUAAUUAAUCACCUUAAUUAGCAUUAAGUGGCCUUCCCAGCUUCACCUCCUGGCCUGGGGAAAUCCUUUGUUCAGAGUUGUUAGCUGCCCCUGAUUGAUUCAUGUCUGGAAUUCUUCUGUUUUCAGAGUGUUGCUCCUUAUUUACUGUUCUGAUUUUGGAGUGUUUUAAUACUUGUUGCCAGAUUUUGUUCAUUUUCAUGGUUUCCUCCUUUCUGUUGAAAUUGUCCACAUACUUGUGGAUUUCAAUGGCUUCUUUGUGUAGUCUGACAUGAUAGUUGUUGGAGUGGUCAAGCAUUUCUGUGUUCUUAAGCAAAUAUACUGUGUCCAGGUUGGUUCAUCAAGUGCUUUGCUAUGGCUGAUUUCUCUGCUUGAGUUAGUCUGCAGUGCCUUUCAUGUACUUUGACUUGUGUCUGGGCGAUGCUGCAUUUUGUGGUCCCUAUGUAGACUUGUACACAGCUGCAUGGUAUAUGGUAGACUCCUGCAGAGGUCAGUGGAUCCCUCUUGUCCUUCGCUGACCAUAGCAUUUGUUGGAUUUUCUUAGUGAGUCUGUAGAUAAUUUGCAGGUUGUGUUUCUUCAUCAGUUUGCCUAUGCAGACAGUGGUUCUCUUGAUGUAUGGUAAGAACACCUUUCCUUUGGGUAAAUCUUUGUCUUUACUCUCAUGGCUUGUUCUUGGCCUUACAGCUCUUCUGAUGUCCAUGAUGGAGUAUCCAUUGGCCUAUAGAGCCCAGUUUAGGUGGUUUAGUUCACCUUGGAGGAGGUGAGGUUCACACAUUCUUUGUGCACAGUCUGUUAGGCGGAUACAACAUUCACACUGGACUCCAACAGAAAAGAGUUAUUUCCCCCACCCAGGAUCUUCCACAGAUAUAUAAAUAUAUAUAAAUCUUCCUUGCUUAGUUUCUCCAUAUACCUCACAACCUCUGAGGAUACCUGCGAUAGAUGUAGGCGAAACAUCAAGAGGGAACAUUUCUGAAACAUGGCCAUACUGCCUGGAAAACACAAAACAACCCUGAGAUCAUUGUUCUAGUUUCCUUACAGCCUACAUUUGGACUUUUACAUUUCAGAUUUGACUUUUGUGGAUUCGAUUUUUAUUCAUGUAUUUGAUUAAAAUGUUCUCUCUAGGAAUCUCUAGAUCAUUUUCAUGAAGGCCACAUCAGCCUUAAGGUUGUCUUCAAAGGUCCGUUGAAUCCAUAGACUGAGAUUCUGUGGAUGCAGAAGGCCAACUAUAUAUUUUUUACAUGGUGGCUCAGUGCUCUUUAUUGUUUACACAGUUUAAGUCCCCAGUUUUUACCCAAUUUAGGUUCAAUCUUGGAAUCUUUUAAUAUGUCACUGAAUGACAACUCUGAUCACUCUUUAUUAUCCGCCAUGCAGACUGGAGAUAAUGAGAAUUGCAGUCCAACAGCAUUUGUGGCUCUGAGGUUGGGGAAAGAUUAAGGAAUAUUUAUGGAAAGAAAGGCUUUCAUGGCCAGAAUCACUGGGUUGCUGUGAGUUUUCCAGGCUGUAUGGCCAGUUACCAAAUGCAUUCUCUUCUGACGUUUCACCCACAUCUAUGGCGGGCAUCCUCAGAGGUUGCCUGCCCACCUCUGAAGAUGCCCGCCAUAGAUGUGGGUGAAACAUCAGGAGACAAGGCUUCUGGAACAUGGCCAAACAGACCGGAAAACUCACAGCAACCAACCAAACAUUUGAAAGUCAAGCAUCUUGUCCACAAGCUUUACAUCUAAUUUCAGACCCCUGACUAAACAGAACUGCAGCCUUCCAGAUCACACUGUAUCACAACUCCCAUCAGCUCUAGCCAUGAUGUCAAAUGAUGCAGGAAUUGUAGUCCAGCAUCCAGAGGGCCACAUAAAAUGAUCUGAUUCGGCCCAACAGGCCUUCAAUUUUACAUCCAUGUUUUAGUUUCUCCAGUGUGGUACUUUGGUCAAAGAGAGAACACCUCUUAAAAUCUCUAGCUCCGUCAGUAUAAUUCCAGAGCAAGGUAAGCAUAGGCUUGUGCUUGAGAUCCUAUAAAUUCUAGAGAGAUGUUCUCUCAUGUUUAAAAAAAUGUGCCCAUAAUCACCCCAAAUGUGGAGGGCUGAUUAUAUGUCUACACCUUGAGUUUGACAUAUCUGCUCUCAUGUUUAAUAUGGGCCUUGAUUUUUCAAAUGACCAGUGACUUAUCUUCAGUUUUGCACUGAACUGAUCUUGUAAACAUUUGCCCAAGCCUCAAACAAUAUAGGGGUGCUUGUUGUCCUGUACAUUUAAUGCUGGUGCCUCCUCCUUUUUAAGGCAUGUUGUUGUUGCAUCCCCUUUCUCCUCAUUUUUAAAGACAGUUUGGGCCAUUGUUAUAUUUCUUAAAGUCUUGUGACUCACCCAGUUUGACAAAAAGUUGGAUACAGCUUGAGUUUUGUGAUGUGCUUAUUAAACUACAAGUUGUGGA